AUUCAUUCAUCUUCAUUUUCCUAUACUUGUUACUGUAUUAGUGCAAACAAAAAAUUGCUACAGAAGAUCAAUGUAAUAUUUUAGGCGAACUAGACACUACUUUGGUAAAUCUGCAAAUCAACGUUGAUAAGGUGAUUGGAAUAAUACAAGACAAAGAGCAGCCUAGACUCCGAGCCGAACGCCAGCGGAUGCAAAACGCGGCUUGCGGAAUGUGCGCCGCCCGCAACUCCUCACGAUGCCACCACAGCAGCCACAGCCACAUCUCAGACCGGCUUCUCGCAAUCAAAUACGCCGCACAAAUCGAUAACGGGUAGCAAGGUACUAAUGGCCGUUGGUUCAAAAGUAUCAUCUUGGACGAAUGCGAAUAAGGAAAAGAGGUUCACGAUAGGGCGCGUCGGUCCUCAUGUGCCCCCAAAAGCCCGAUACAUGUUCGAUCUGCUAAAGACAGCUUCAGAAGUUCGAACGCGCGUUUGCCGCUUCAUAGGUAUGCGCAUUAACAGUCAGUGGUCUGAACAAAAGAAAGAUGACGUGCUCGUCACCUGGAACGUACGCGCGAAACACCAGCAACGCUACAGGACUUGGGGUCGCAUCUGUUUUGAGUCUGAGACAAAACAUUCAAAUCCCACUGUGUUGCUUGAAGGCUAUAAGAAGCCGCCCAAAAUGAACAAUGACAAGAAAUUGUGGCCGCAGGUCGAACUCGACUUUAGUGAACUCCGUGAGUGCUGUUUAUUCCCCGGUCAACUGAUCGCGGUUGAAGGUUUAAAUUUGACAGAGAAUUUACUGAAAGUCCACAAUAUUUUCAGCGAAAGUUUUAUACCCGCAGCAAAACCGCCUCACUUGACUGAUAAUCUUAAUAUUGUGAUUGCGGCUGGACCAUUUACGCUGUCCAACGAUUUAAACUAUCAACCGCUUUGGGAACUGAUGACCAAAAUUACUGAGGAAGAGCCUCAUGUGCUCAUUCUCAUUGGACCAUUUCUGGAUCAUUCCCAUCCUCUCUUACAGGACGAUGAAUUUACUUGCACGUAUCAAGAAUUCUUUUAUAAAAUAAUUACUAAAAUCAAAAACUAUAUUUCUGGAAAAUGUACUCAAGUAGUGUUGGUUGCAUCGAGUCGAGAUGUACAUCAUCAUCCAGUCUAUCCUACUCCAGAAUAUUUUCUGCCAAAGGCCGUGCAAUGUCAAAAUAUUUUUGUUUUACCUGAUCCCUGCAAUUUGGAUAUUGAGGGAUUUAGAUUAGGAAUUACAUCGAUCGAUAGUUUGAUGCAUCUUGGACGUCAAGAAGUCAUGAUAAAACCAUCUGGAACAGACAAAUUCAGUCGUUUAGGAAAUUAUAUUUUAAAUCAAGCUUGUUAUUAUCCAUUGUAUCCACCAGCCAAAGAAGUUAAUAUUGAUUCUGAACUUUGGGAAAAAUAUGCAUUCUUAAAAGAAAAGCCACAUGUCUUAUUAUUACCAUCGGAUAUGCGAUAUUUUUGCAAACAUGUAAAUGAAACUGUGAUUUUAAAUCCGGAAAGAUUAAGUAAACGUACAUUUGCUAGAAUAUAUUUAAAAUCUUCUUCUGAUGGUUUUUGGACCCAAGACAGCAUAUCGUGUGAAGUGAUUAAAAUGUAAAUAUAAAUCACUGUUAAAAGCUGUUUAUUUUAUUUUAGCUCUAUUUAUU